CCCAUCUCAAUUCCCCAGACUGCCCCUCCCCAAUGGCCUCCCUCGCUCGGUCCUUGGGCCGCUCGGCCUCCUUCCUGGCCCGGAGAGGGCCCUUCAUCGCCCCAAUCCGCCGAUUCUCCGCCACUCCCCUCUCCUUCAUGCCGGAAGACCCGCCCGCCCGUGACUCUCCCAAGGACCCUCGCCCGGAGGACCUGCCUCCCAUGCCAGAAUACUCGCCUGAUCUAUUGUCGGCUGAGGACCGGGCGCGCUACGACGCGUUGACUCCGGGACAGCGACACAGAUUCGACGAAGUCAACCGCCGUAUUGUCGCAGAUUACAACGACCCGGUGAAACGGGCGGCCAUGUUCUCGGAGCUCGAUCAACAAGCCCAGGACAUCGACAGAGAGGCCCCCGUGCGCUUCGUGGAUCAGCGUAUGAGGUCACCUGGACUUUGGGCGGAAGAUGAACCGGAUGAAUUCUCCCACGUCGAGGACGGGGAUGACGAUUUCAACGAUGACGAAAUGACUACCGUCGCGCACGCACAACUGGAAGAACAUCGUGAAAUCCGAGAAUACACCCGAAUUGCCGCAUGGGAUAUGCCGCUGCUGAGCGAGCUCGCCCAACCCUUCACUCUUCCCCCCGAAUCUCACAUCCUCCGCUUCCGUUACACAACAUACAUGGGCGAGCAGCAUCCCGCCGAGCCCAAGGUCGUCGUUGAGCUGUCCUCCAAGGAUUUGACUCCCAAAUAUCUCACCGAGGCCCAGCGCCAGACCUUCCUCAAACUCGUGGGUGUCCGCUACAACCCGCAAACCGAUAUCGUGCGCAUGUCCUGCGAGAAGUUCCACCACCGGGCCCAAAACAAGCGCUACCUGGGUGACACCAUCAAGGCGUUGAUCAAGGAGGCCAAGGAGGGUGACUCGUUCACGGACGUCCCUCUCGACGUGCGCCACCACAAGCCAAAGGUCUCGCACCGCUUCCCCGAGUCGUGGGUCAUGACUCCGGAGCGCAAGAAGCAGCUAGAGGCCAGACGGGCUGAGAGACAGCGUCAAGAGCAGGAACAGGUGGACGGGAAUAGGGUCGUUCUGCAGGCGUCUCGGACUCUGCCAUCUUUGAACCCUGCGUUGAAUGCAAAGGCCACGGAAGACCGGGAGAAGGUCGCCGUGAAAGUGGGCGUCAAGGCCCAGAGGAAGAGGGUCCGUUGAGAUGAACCCCAUGAUCGCUGGGAGAGCAAUGGGUAUGUCCAUCACUGAUGUGUCUGUUUCGAGGGUUUACUGUAUUUUCUUUAUCCCGUGUAAGCUCAAACAAAACAGGGCGGCGCAUAUUCGCAAGGUUGUCUUAGACUUAUGUCAAUGUAUUAUAUCUUAUUCAUGAUCUUCACAUUUACUUCCUUACGGGGUAGUUCCUUUCAUACUACAUAGUAUUUGCCAAGAUCUACAGCACGUCCAAAGCAAUGCGAGAAACAUAAUCACCAACAAUUGACAAUCUGUCGUUG